AUGGAACACAUCAGAUUGCCAUACAAGUACGAUGCAUACGGCAAGCCGCUGUUCGCCCAAGUGAGCUGGUCAACCUCGUCGGCCUCACCGAAGCCAAUAGCUCUGGUCUUCCACGCUGGCGGUCUUAUGGUCGGUAGCUCGAGCAUCGUGCCUAAGACUCAAAUCGACUACCUAUGCUUACUCGGCUUUGCCGUCGUGAUACCGAACUACCGCCUCGCACCACAAGUCUCCGGCAAACAGGCUUUCGAGGAUUGCGAGACAGCGUACGAUUGGGCUAUUUUAGACCUUGCUGCCGUGCUCGAGAAGCAUGGUGUUAGCCUCAACACGCAGCAGGUCGUUGCUAUGGGCCACUCAUCUGGUGGUACAUUGGCUUUGCACAUGGCUGGCAAGAAGCAGGUGAAAGCUGCUACCGCUUUCUAUCCCUCCCUAUAUGGCUCUGAUAAGACCACAACCAUACAUAAGCCUACUAAUGCGCCACCCUUCUGUUUUGCAAAGGACUUCGUUCCGAAUGAUGAGGACAGAGCAGCGAUAAGUCCGCCCGACCACGAAGUGUCAGAGUUUCAGCUGGGGGCUCCACCAGCUAUACCGCAAGCAAGAAACAAAUGGCAGAUGCAUGUAAUCAAGAACGGCUUGUGGGCGGAGAUUGUUCAGCCAGAUGGCAACCUCGCGGCUCUGGACCCGAUGACUAGAGUUAGCGCACACUGGGCACCGCUUAUGAUUGUCCAGGGCGAACUCGAUAGUGUGCCUGGUAGUGAUCGGAGUCUCGUGAAGAGGGCGGAGAAGGAACUGAUGGCAGCUAAGGUGGACUUUCAGUUGGAAGUCGUGCCAGGAGAAGGUCAUAUGUUCGAUCUCGCUCCAAUUGUAGGAAGCACAGAUUUGGGGCCCAAAUGGCAAGCGGUGGUCAGAGGGUUGGACUGGCUUGUAGCUCAUGUAUCAAUGUAG